AUGUGGUAUGGGAGGAAACUGUUAUGGGCACGCCAACUUGAAGCACUCCCAAAACGCUAUGAGGAGUUACGAGGGAGCUACAAAGUGUUCGAGAAGGCCCGGUGUGAGCAGUAUGCGAUCCGCACCGGAGUUGCGAUUUCUUUACUUAAAAAACAUGUUUUCGGCUCCAGUAAUAACCCCCAGGGCGUCAAACCUCCGGAGGGGACUCCUUUUGGGCUGGAGUACCUAUAG